UCAUGGGACACAAACUUGAUUGAAUGCAACUUGGAUCAAGAACUGAAACUUUUUGUGUCUCGCCAUUCAGCUCGAUUCUCUCCUGAAGUUCGAGGUCAAAAAAUUCUUCACCACAGAAGUGACGUCUUAGAAACUGUAGUCCUGAUUAAUCCCUCAGAUGAAGCAGUUAGCACUGAGGUGCGUUUAAUGAUCACAGAUGCUGCAAGACACAAGCUCCUUGUGCUCACUGGACAGUGCUUUGAAAACACAGGAGAACUCAUUCUUCAGUCAGGGUCCUUCUCCUUCCAGAACUUCAUUGAGAUCUUCACGGAUCAAGAGAUCGGUGAAUUAUUGAGCACUACACACCCUGCCAACAAAGCCAGCUUAACUCUCUUCUGCCCUGAGGAAGGGGACUGGAAAAAUUCCAACCUUGACAGACACAACCUUCAAGACUUUAUUAACAUUAAACUCAACUCAGCUUCCAUAUUGCCCGAAAUGGAAGGACUCUCUGAAUUCACAGAAUAUCUGUCAGAAUCAGUAGAAGUGCCAUCACCAUUUGACAUUUUGGAACCUCCAACCUCAGGAGGCUUUUUGAAACUCUCCAAACCCUGCUGUUACAUUUUUCCGGGUGGAAGAGGGGACUCUGCACUGUUUGCAGUGAAUGGAUUUAACAUGCUUAUCAAUGGAGGAUCCGAAAGAAAAUCUUGCUUCUGGAAACUUAUCCGACAUUUGGACAGAGUCGAUUCCAUUCUGCUCACUCACAUUGGAGAUGAUAACCUGCCAGGAAUCAAUAGCAUGCUUCAGCGAAAGAUAGCUGAAUUAGAAGAGGAACAGUCCCAAGGGUCUACGACCAACAGUGACUGGAUGAAAAAUCUGAUCUCACCUGAUUUAGGAGUGGUAUUCCUCAAUGUACCUGAAAACCUGAAGAACCUUGAUCCUAACUUUAGAGUAAAAAGGAGUGUAGAAGAAGCUUGUUUUACUCUCCAGUAUUUAAAUAAGUUGUCUAUGAAACCAGAACCUCUUUUUAGAAACGUAGGAAAUACCAUUGACCCCAUCAUUUUAUUUCAGAAAAUGGGAGUUGGCAAACUUGAGAUGUAUGUGCUUAAUCCUGUGAAAAACAGCAAAGAGAUGCAAUAUUUUAUGCAACAGUGGAGUGGUACUGAUAAAGAUAAAGCUGAAUUCCUGCUACCAAAUGGCCAAGAAGUAGAUAUUCCGUUAUCCUAUUUCACCUCUGUCUCAUCCCUGCUAGAAGGACUGGAAAAACUCAAACAUUUAGACUUCCUUAAACAACCGAUGGUUACACAGAAGGACCUAACUGGGAACAUCGCUAGUCCAGCUGUGAAACAAGCAAAGCUGAAACAACGAACAGACAGCAAGGAGAGUCUUAAGCCUGCUGCAAAGACGCCGCCAAGCAAGACAGUCAGAAAAGAAUCUAAAGAAGAAACACCAGAACCACCAAAACCUAGUCCAGCACCAGAAAAGCCUCAGAAAGUAGAAAGCAAAGAAAAAGUUCCAGUUAAAAAAGAGAAACCAGCAAAAGUUGAGACCAAACCUAUAGUGGCAGAAAAAGAUGUAACAAGUAAAGAAGAACAGUUAGUGAAACCUGAAACGGCUGAAAAACAAGCUACAGAUGUAAAACCAAAAGUGGCAAAGGAAAAGCCAGUGAAAAAAGAAGUCAAAGCAAAACCUGAAGAAAAGAAAGAGGAGAAAGAAAAACCAAAGAAAGAGGUUCCUAAGAAAGAGGAGAAAACACCUAUCAAAAAAGAGGAAAAACCCAAAAAGGAAGAGAUCAAGAAAGAAGUUAAAAAAGAGGUGAAGAAGGAGGAGAAGAAGGAAGCUAAAAAGGAAGUGAAGAAAGAAGCUCCACCAAAGGAAGCUAAAAAGGAAGCUAAAAAAGAGGAGAAGAAGGAAAUUAAGAAAGAAGAAAAAGAAGCUAAAAAGGACAUCAAAAAGCUUCCUAAAGAAACAAAGAAGACAUCUACUCCUUCAACUGAAGCCAAAAAACCAGCAGCAAAGCCUAAACCACAAAAGAAGGAGGAACCUGCUAAAAAAGAACCAGUACCUGCUGGAAAGCCAAAGGAAAAAGGGAAAAUUAAGACUGUGAAGAAGGAGAUCAAAGUUAAUGGAGCGCAAGCUGCCCUUGCGGCAGUUGGAGCCGCUGCCACAACUGUAGCAACAGUAGUCGCUGCAGAAAUUACAGCUAAUGGAAAAGAACUUGAAGCUGAGAGAUCCCUCAUGUCUUCACCAGAGGAUUUGACAAAGGACUUUGAAGAAUUAAAAGCUGAAGAGGUAGAAACAAUAAAAGAAACAAAACCUCAAGUUGCACUCAUAGAGGAUGAACUGAAACUCACUGGCACAGUCCAAAAAGAAAAAUUAGAUCAUGAAGGACCUGCUGAGUCCUCUGAUGAAGGCAUAACUACCACAGAAGCUGAGGGUGAAUGCGAACAGACACCUGAAGAAUUGGAGCCUGUGGAAAAGCACAGGGUUGAUGACAUUGAGAAGUUUGAAGAUGAAGGAACUGGCUUAGAGGAAUCAUCUGAAGCAGGGGACUAUGAAGAAAAGGCAGAGACAGAAGAAGCUGAAGAACGAGAAGAUGAGGAAGAAAAGACACCGCUAGACACCACAAAACAGUAUAUGGAGGAAGUAAGAAAAAUAGAAGAGAGUUCAGAAAAAAUACUGGCUGAAGUGGAUGCUAGAAUUAAAGAUGAAAAAUAUAUUGAAAAGGCAGACUAUGAGGCAUCAGAUGAACGGGCUGAGGAAGACAGGGAAGAAGCAGUGGAAAAGGCAGAAACUGAAGAGACUGAAGAGGAGGAGGAAGACAAAGCAGAAGAUAUCAGAGAUGAAGAGGAGACUGAAAAAAUAGAAGCUGAAGAAGAUUACGUGAUGGCUGUAGUGGACAAAGCUGCAGAAGCUGGUGAAGUUGAAGAUAAAUAUGGCCUGCUCAUAAUUACACCAACUAAACGCUCAGAACCUCAGUCUCCAGCAGUUGAGCCGGCUUCUUCUAUCCACGAUGAGACAUUACCUGGUGGUUCAGAAAGUGAAGCCACUGUUUCUGAUGAAGAAAAUAGAGAAGACCAACCUGAAGAAUUCACUGCUACUUCAGGUUAUACACAGUCUACCAUCGAAAUAUCCAGUGAACCAACUCCAAUGGAUGAAAUGUCUACACCCCGGGAUGUCAUGAGUGAUGAAACUACCAAUGAGGAAAGUGAGUCACCUUCUCAGGAGUAUGUGAACAUUACCAAAUAUGAGACAUCACUGUAUUCUCAAGAGUUUAGUAGACCUAAACUCUCUCCACUUCCGGAUGCUUUCAAUGGAUUAUCUGAAGGAUCCAAAACAGAGGCCACAGAAGGUAAAGACUAUAAUGCCUCAGCUUCUACCAUCUCGCCACCUUCUUCAUUAGAGGAAGACAAAUUCUGCAAAUCUGCCUUCCAAGAAGUAUACCGGCAAAAAGAAAGUGAAAUCCAAGGCACUGCCAAAUUAGAAAUCCAAGAAACCUAUCCAGAAGAUGUUGGUGGAAGACAUAGUCCAACCAAGAGUCCAGCUGAGAGUUUGUCCCCUCCAUCACCAGUUGCCAGAACACCACUGAGUGAACGGAGUGUGAACUUCUCCCUCACUCCCAGUGAGAUCAAGGUCUCAGCUGAGCCUGUGCCCAUUGCUACUUUGCCUGACGCACAUCAGGAAGUACCUGAGGAGCCCUGUGCAAGCCCUGAAGAGAAAACAUUAGAAGUAGCAUCUCCCUCACAGUCUGCUGCUGGUAGUGCUGGCCACACACCUUAUUAUCAGUCUCCCACUGAUGAAAAAUCCAGUCAGCUUUCUUCUGAACUCACUGAAAAGUCAGGAGAAACUCCAGUUAGCUUUGAAUUCAGUGAAGUCAAAGAUGAGUCUGCAAAACCCAGAAUAAGCCCUAUGGAUGAGCCUGUGCCAGAUUCAGAAUCUCCUAUUGAAAAAGUUCUCUCACCUUUACGGAGUCCACCACUGAUAGGUUCAGAGACCUCUUAUGAUACAUUUUUGAGUGCUGAUGUAAAGUCUCCCACCAGAGAUUAUGAAAGUCCUUCUGAGAGUAAAACUGAAAGAGAAAGAUCGCCUGUCCAGAUAAGCCCAACUUCUGAAGCCAGCUCUGUGGGCCUUUACCAAGAAAAACAGGAUGAAAAAAGCAUGGAAUUCAUGGCAAUUAAAGAAGGCUUCAGCCUAGAAAGGAAAACGGAGGAUACAGAGCCCAGCAGCUCUCAGUCUUCACUGGUCUUGGAUGAGCGGAAGUUAGCAGGUGAUCUCUCACCUACUCAAAUUGAUAUCAGUCAGUUUGGUUCCUUAAAAGAAGACACUAAAAUGUCAAUUUCUGAAGGCACUGUUUCUGACAAGUCUGCAACGCCUGUUGAUGAGGUUGUAGCAGAAGAUACCUAUUCCCAUAUGGAAGGAGUUGCUUCUGUCUCUACAGCAUCAGUUGCUACUAGUUCAUUUCCAGAACCAACUACUGAUGACGUAUCUCCUUCUUUGCAUGCCGAAGUUGGAUCCCCUCACUCUACAGAAGUUGAUGAUUCUCUUUCGGUGUCAGUUGUACAAACACCAACAACGUUCCAGGAAACAGAAAUGUCUCCAUCUAAGGAAGAGUGCCCAAGGCCCAUGUCAAUUUCUCCACCAGAUUUCUCACCUAAAACCGCAAAAUCAAGAACACCAGUGCACGAUCAUAGGUCUCCUGAGCAGUCAACUAUGUCAGUAGAAUUUGGUCAAGAGUCCCCUGAGCAGUCUUUAGCAAUGGACUUUAGUAGACAGUCUCCAGAAUAUCCUACUGUAGGCACUAGUAUUCAUCAUAUAUCUGAAAAUGGACCAACUGAAGUGGAUUAUAGCCCUUCAGAUGUACAGGAGCCUACUUUUGCGCAGAAGAUUUCCCCUGUUGAGCAAACAUCUUACUCUCAGGAGAAGGAUAUUUCAGAAAUUAUUUCAGUUUCUCAAAUUGAAGCUUCAUCCUCAACUUCAUCAGCUCAUACACCUUCCCAGGUAACUUCACCACUGCCAGAGGAAACUUUUUCAGGUGCUGUUCCACCCAGAGAUAUGUCACUACAUUCUUUUACCUCAGAAAAGGUACAGAGCCUGGGAGAAAAGCUGUCACCAAAGUCUGACUUAUCUCCAUUAACUCCAAGGGAAUCCUCUCCUCUAUACUCCCCUAGUUUUCCGGAUUCACCUCCUGCAGUCACAGAAGCAAUGUCAGCGAGUCACGCAUCAUCGUUGUCGCUGCAAGUGUCCUCUGACAAAGCAUUUGACUAUCAAGCUGGCACAUUACAAGAACCACUAACAAAGCAUAGUCCAGAAUCUUUAGCCUCUCCGGAAAAAGAAGAUUCGGAGAAAAGUAGCAGGUCACCAGAAGAACUGAGUUACUCUUAUGAGGCAACUGAGAAAACUACAAGGUCACCAGAGGAUAUUAGCUACUCUUAUGAGUCAAUUGGAAAACCUACUAGAUCACCUCAGGCCACAGAUUAUUCCUAUGAGGCAACAGAAAAAACUACAAGGUCACCUGAAACCACAGAUUAUGCCUAUGAGACAAUGGGGAAAACCGUGAGGUCACCUGAGGCCACAGAUUAUUCCUAUGAGAAGACAGGGAAAACCACCAGGUCACCUGAGGCCACAGAUUAUGCCUAUGAGACAAUGGGGAAAACCACCAGGUCACCUGAGGCCACAGAUUAUUCCUAUGAGAAGACAGGGAAAACCACCAGGUCACCUGAGGCCACAGAUUAUGCCUAUGAGACAAUGGGGAAAACCAGCAGAUCACCUGAGGCCACAGAUUACGCCUAUGAGACAACGGGGAAAACCAGCAGAUCACCCGAGGCCACAGAUUACGCCUAUGAGACAACGGGGAAAACCAGCAGAUCACCCGAGGCCACAGAUUACUCCUAUGAGACAACGGGGAAAACCAGCAGAUCACCCGAGGCCACCGAUUACUCCUAUGAGAUAAUGGGGAAAACCAGCAGAUCACCCGAGGCCACCGAUUACUCCUAUGAGAUAAUGGGGAAAACCACUAAAUCACUUGAGAUUACAGAUUAUUCCUACGAGAGAAUUGGAAAAGCCACCAGAUCACCUGAUGCUGUGGAUUACUCUUAUGAGACAACAGGGAAAACCACUAAGUCACCAGAAGCCAUUAGCUACUGCUAUGAGACAGCAGGGAGAACCACCAGGUCACCUGAGGCCACGGCUUACUCCUACGAAACAACUGGAAAAGCUACCAGGUCACCUGAGGCCACAGAUUACUCAUUUGAGACCACUGGAAAAGCCACCAGGUCACCUGAGGCCACAGAUUACUCAUUUGAGACCACCGGGAAGGCCACCAGGUCACCUGAGGCCACAGAUUACUCAUUUGAGACCACUGGGAAGGCCACCAGGUCACCUGAGGCCACAGAUUACUCAUUUGAGACCACUGGGAAGGCCACCAGGUCACCUGAAGCUACUAGCUAUUCCUAUGAAGCAAGUGGACAUUUUACUCCAGGAAAAUCAUUAGCAGAAUCCCGUCAAGAUGUUGAUUUAUGCCUUGUGUCCUCCUGCGAAUAUAAACACCCUAAAACCGAACUUUCACCCUCAUUUAUCAACCCAAAUCCCCUAGAGUGGUUUGCAAGUGAAGAACAGUCUCAAGAUCAAGAAAAGCCAUUAACUCAAUCUGGGGGAGCCCAGCCACCUUCUGGUGGAAAACUGCCAGCACGACAGUGUGAUGAAACACCCCCUACGUCAGUAAGCGAGUCUGCGCCAUCUCAGACGGACUCGGAUGUUCCUCCCGAGACUGAAGAAUGCCCUUCCAUCACUGCAGAUGCUAACAUUGACUCAGAAGAUGAGUCAGAAACCAUUCCAACAGAUAAGACAAUUACGUACAAACACAUUGACCCUCCGCCUGUCCCAAUGCAAGAUCGCAGCCCUUCCCCUAGGCACCCUGAUGUCUCCAUGGUUGAUCCAGAGGCUUUGCCUGUUGACCAGAACUUGGGCAAGCCUUUGAAGAAGGACCUCAAAGAAAAGACAAAAACAAAAAAGCAGGGUACUAAGACCAAAUCUUCCUCUCCUGCUAAGAAAAGUGAUGGUAAAUCAAAACAAGUGGCUUCCCCAAAGCCAGCUGUAAAAGAAUCUUUAGACAAAAUUUCCAAAACAGCUUCUCCAAAAAAGAAGGAGUCUGUUGAGAAGGCAACCAAAAAUAUCUCAAAUCCAGAAGUAAAGUCUCGAGUGGAAGAGAAAGACAAGGAUACCAAGAAUGCAGCAAAUUCAACAACAUCCAAGUCAGUGAAGACUGCAACUACAGGACCUGGAAAUAGUAAGCUGACAAAAUCAACAGCUGUGCCUCCAGGACCCCCGGUGUAUUUGGAUCUGGUGUACAUCCCCAACCACAGCAAUAGCAAGAACGUUGAUGUUGAGUUUUUCAAGAGGGUCCGGUCAUCCUACUAUGUGGUGAGCGGGAACGAUGCUGCUGCCGAAGAGCCGAGUAGGGCCGUUCUGGACUCCCUGCUGGAGGGCAAGGCCCAAUGGGAGAGUAACAUGCAGGUGACCUUAAUCCCAACCCAUGACUCAGAAGUGAUGAGGGAAUGGUACCAAGAGACCCAUGAGAAACAACAGGACCUCAACAUCAUGGUUUUGGCAAGCAGCAGCACUGUUGUUAUGCAAGAUGAAUCUUUUCCUGCAUGCAAGAUUGAACUGUAAGAACAAGACCAUGCACCACAACAUUAAACUUUGUUUCCAGAAAUUCUUCAAUUUGAAAACACCUUUUCUAAAAAUUCAACCCAUCUAUUUCGACUGCUGAACUAUAUACCUGCCAAAUGCUAUACUGUGUCACGGUGAUGCAAGUCACUAAUAUUUUUCAGUCUUUGCUGAUUGCUAAGGGAAAUAACAGUAUUUCCAUAGUAGGGUUCAAAUUACUGCGAAAAAACAGAUCCAGCUUCAUCUCCGCUGAACAUUUGGAAACCAUGCACUAGCAACCCCAACUGACUUCUGCCAGGUAGAGGCAUUUGGCCUCUAAAGAAACACAGAGAGAGAGAAAGAGAGAGAGGGGUAGGAGGGGAAAGUAAUAAAUAAUUAGAUCUGCAUUAGUCUCAUGGCAAUAGAUGUAUCGCUUACUGCAGUCUGCUUAUGCUCUAACAUGAAAAGAAAGUUUUAAAUUUGUAUCCAUCUGAGCUAUCGCAAAGGGGGUCCUUACUUUACAGAAUUAAGUUAGCUGGAAAAUAAAAAGAAACAGAAUGUGGCUAGGAAGGGACGUACAACCUGAACACUCAUUAGCAGUUAUCCACUUUAAUUUGAACUCUGCAUACUGACAUGCCAUAACAAUCAUAGACCAAAUAUGCAAGUAGUUUGAACCCCAUUCAGAAUUCGAAAACCUUUCUUUCAACAUGCAGACAUGUUGGUCUAAGGCACGCUCCCAGUGAAAAUCCACUUACUCCACUCAGAAUUGACCAGUCCACAUGCUUAAACACCCACGUCAAUUAACCGAAGCAAAAUACCAAAGCAGUUGGGAGUACAUACAGUAGACAAUUUGCCUUAGAAAGUGACUUGAAUGUACAAAGAAACUUGAUGCACUUAUUUUUUAAUGCUGAGACAGCAAGUUUAUAAAACAUCUGUGUAGGAUCAUAGUUACACCAGUAAAGAAGUGUGAGUGUGCAUGUGUGGUACUAGAAGCCUAUAUGACUGGUCAAACAGCUUGGUGCUAUGAAUUGCGUGUGUUAGUUAUGUGAUCACUUCAUUGAUGCACCUGGACAACUCAACAAGGCAAGACAAGCAUUAUUUUUGAAAGCUUCUUUUGUACUGUGGAAGCAAGAUUGAAGUGUUGUCCGGUAUCAGAGUUGCAAAACUUAGUGAAACAUUCAGGAUGGUGAAAAAGGUUACCUGCGAGUCUGUACAGUAUUCAAUCUUCCUUUGUCUUACCUUAUUUUGUUUAAUUUAAGAGUGAAUAUGGGAACAAAUGUACAGAAUCCUUUUUUUUAGUGCUGCGUGAACUUUUAAUAGAUGAAUUUUUAACAAACGUUUUCAUUUACAGGAAAAUGCAAAGAAAAAUUUUUCAGGUGAAGGAAAUUUUUUUUAGUAGUUUUGUAAGAUAAAUGAAUAAUGUUGUUUAAGGUUCUGGUGAGAAUGGAUAUUGCGGUAACAUUUAUUGAAAAUAGACAACUGCCAAUACCUUGGUGGGAGGGAGGGGGGCUCAUAAUGAUAAAAUUAACCUCUUGAUGACAACAGAAAAUGGGAUUUGAAAAGCUGAUUGCCUAAUCUUUACAAGGGUGUAACCUAGAUUCUCAACCCUCGCAAGAUCUUGAAGGAAAAUAGAAUAAGCAGAGAUAAGCUAAAACAAGUCACAUCCUCCCUUCUUCCUUCCUUUCUUCCUUCCUUUUUUCCUUCCCUUCUUCUUUCCUUUCCUCCUUCCCUUCUUCCUUCCUUUCUUCCUUCCCUUCUGCUUUAGAUCACGUGCAGAGGAACAGCAUAUACAACAGUUCCAUGAUUUAAGACAGUUUGGAUUUUUUUGUCUCAGAUGCUUUAGCCAAGUAAAAUAUUGUUACAUUGUAGGUUUGUGAAUCUGAAUAUGUAGAAGGUGUAAAGGCCUCCAACAUGGAGAUAUGUGCUGGUCUCUAUGAUUCACCGUUGUGGCUGGUAUUGAGUUUCAUGAAGUAGUGAAUUAUGACCUCAUUUUAUUUUCUUUACUUCUAAUUUAUUUCAAAUUUACAUUGAUAGGAUUUUUUUUUUAAUAGGUAUAUGUUUGCACUCCUAAUUUUUAUGAAUUUUUUUUUUAUACUGCUUUAGGGCCCUUUAAAUGUGGGCUCCUGAGGCCCAGUUAAUGCUGUGAAUUACUGUUUGUCAAUUGUUGGGGGUUUUGAUUUAUUUUAAAUGUUUUCCUUUUGUAUCUCCAGCAAUGCUGUUUUAUUUAUUGUUAUUCCUUUUAAGUCCUUAAGGAUAACAGAAUGACUAUGGCACAAAAGGCAGAUGGAAAUGUGUUGUGAAAACAAGCAUGUUGGCUGGGCUUUUGAUCAUUUACUUAAAAUCGCUUUUGUAAAACAUAGUCUGCAAAGUUAUAGGCAAAAUAUUUGGCAGAAUAGUUGUAUUAUUUCUACAAUUUUUUCUGCUUUGUCUACUUUCUUAUAUAGGUAAGAUUUCAAACUUUUUGAGUGGGUGGGAACAGAUUUUCUGAUUUUGUGACAAAAUCUGAAACAGUUUGUAGCUCCGCUUUGGCAGAAAAUCUGUUUAAGUAUAGCAGUGGUCCGGAGACUAAUCUCACUUAAAGUCCUGUAAAUCUGCAACAAUUUCACUGCAGUCAGUGAAGUUACCGUUAUUUGGUCCUGCUGUAAAUGAAAUUUGAAUCAAGCCUUAAAUUUCCCCAAGUAAGUUUGUGAUGGCUCAAGUAUUUGUUUUAAAAAAAAAUAGGCAGUUACAGCCCAUCUGAACAUGUACGUUCAUUUUUGCUGCUACAGGAAUAUUAAAAACCCAAUCUGGCUACUCCGAGGUAUUGUAAAGCCUGGUCCAUCCGUUCCCUUUUAAACGUUUUAAACGACAACCGCACGCCUGGGCGUAACACAGAUACGAACUCCUCCAUUCGCUCCUCUUGCCCUUGAUGUCUUUCCUGCCAGUGGAACUAAUCUAACUGUGCUAGUCGUAAUACUGCACAAUUAGUUUAGGAACAGUCAUCAAAAUGUACCGUGUACAUUAAUGAUGAGUGCUGUUGAUCAGCACAGAUUUCUAGGAGCAUGGUUUGAUAUUGAUUUCUCUAAUUAUAAAGAUUCAAUAUUUGAGUGUAAAGGACACUCCAUUUAAGUGAUGGUAUUAUCCAUAAUAGCAUCCCCAGUCAUGAUCUUUGUGCUAUUACUAUACUGCUUAACCUUAAAUUCAAAGAAGAAUUAACUUUAGAGAUCACAUCCCACUCCUGAACUUGAUCAGGGCCUCUCUUGCAUGCCUUUUCAAAGUCUUGUGGUGGGCCUGACUUCACUGACCUCUACUUUUCACUCCAUCUUUCAUAGAAAUCACUUUUGAUUUUUUUUGAUUACCUGACAUACUGUGGUGAAUGGAGCUAACUGUGUAUAUGAAUGUUUUUUUUUAAUUGUCUAUGAUAGCUUAUGCAUUUUAGGAGAGUCCCGGUACUCAUUUACUAAGAUUUAAUCAAUUUUUAAUUGAAUUUUGAAUCCCUCCCACCACAAGCAAGUCAGCUCCAACGAGCGCUUACUGUGCAUUUGGGACAUUUCUGUCAUAUGCUUCUCUUUGUUCAUCUGUCGCCAGAGGUUCUUGCUCAGUGAUGAUGUUUUGAGAGAAAUAGUAAUUUUGUUGGUCUGGAUUUAUUAGAAAAGGAAAAAGUAUAAUGUUUACACUUGAAAGAAACUGUAAGCUUUCAUCUUUUCACCUAAUAAUUGAACAAAACACUAAAAGCAACUAGGGGUAAGCAUUUCUUAGAAUGCAAUUAUAUUAUUCACCUGGUUUAAAAACGUUUGCUAUUUAAAAUAAAAAAAAGAAAAAAAAAGUCAGUUUGUUGUGACUUUACAAAAAAAAUCUAAAAAAGGAAAUAACUAAAUAAAACCAUGGCAUAAAAAUAUUGAAAGAAAAAGAAAAAAAAAAAAAGAAGAAAAAAAGAAAAAGCUUCUCUGCACUAGACUAGCUAGGAGCUCCCGAUGGCAGGAGCUACCUCUUCAAGACUGGGCUGUAAUCACAACUGUAAAAGAGCAAAUCUGAAGUCUGCUUUCACGCAUUUGCAUGCAGCCAUUAUCUUCCAAACUAUGGAAAGGAGCAGUCUUGUUGCUGGCUGAGAAGCACCUCACACACCUCCUCUCUCUUGUUCUGAAUGGUGUUUGUGUCAGUCUGCAGCUGUGUAUGGUAUUAUGUCUUAUAAUCCUGCAUCACUUCUAUUCUAUCCAGUCAUAUCUAAUGUAGAAAAUUAGUUUCCAGUGAAAGUAAUAUGUAGUGCUUUUAUGAUAUUUGUGUGCAAUAUCCCCUCUUCCAUUGAGGAUAUUUGAUGUAAAGGAAACAAACUCAGUUCCACAAUAAAAUACAAAAGUGGUAAAGUGGUGUCGACA